UGUAACCAUUGGUAUCACGUGUCCAUAUUUUAACUUCCGGGCGAUGGAUUUGUUGGCGAGUUACGACGAUGAUAAUACCGAGGACAACUGUUCUCCAAUCCCAUCCAAAAUCACGGAUGAAGCAAGUAUGCUGGAAAAUGAAUGGCUGUCUUUCGAACAGAUGAUUGCUCCUGGUGGGGUGACAGGAAAUAAUCUCCCAUCUGCAGCAAAUGACUUCUUAGCAAAAGGAGAUGUUACAUACCCUGUCAAGAAGACAGCGCUUAGUAAACCAUCCACAGAACUGGUGAAUGAAAUUAAGAGUGACCAUAGUGAAAGUGAAGAUGAUGAUGAGGAUGGAGUUUCCAGUCCUAGCAUGCCAGGCCUGACAGUGGAGGGGGAUGAUGAUGCUUUCUUUCUGCUUCGGAAGCAAGUUAAAGAGCUGGAUCAUUCAGCGUCCUCCGAGGGUUCCUGUUCCUCUGGUGACAGUUCUGUCUCGAGUUCUCGUUCAGGUUCCCCUUCCCCACCACACCUCUCGCCUGUGACAAGUUUUAAGUCCCAUGCCAGCGAACUACCCCCAGACAUCACUGAGCCCAAUUUAGCAUCAGAUCUCCCCAAACAGACAAUCACAGAAAAGAUAAAAGAGUCCACCACUACAGAAGGCCGUUCCAGUAAUAGAUCUCAUUCCAAAGAGAGGAAAAGAUCCAAGGAUAGAAAGAGAUCUCAUCGCUCAAAGCAUCACCCCUCCUCAAAAUCACGCCACAGAAGUCGAUCAAGAGACAGACGAAGGCGGUCUAGGGACAGGCAUCGCAGGCGACACAGAAAAUCACGAGAGGGCAAAGGUGAGGCAAAAAAUAGUGCUCACACUGAGAGAAAAGAUAGCAAAAGUGAAAACAAGGUGGAAAAAGAGGGAGAAGUUAAGGAUGAUAAAUCUGAAAGAAGGAACAGUGAAAGUCAUGAAAAACAUAGAAGAAGUAAAAGUCGUGAGCGUAACGAUCAUAAGGACAGAAAAAGAUCAAGGUCUAGACACAGAGAUAAAAGUCGGGAAAGGAAAGGAGGCAAGGAUAGAAAGCCCAGUAAAAGUCGUGAUCGCAGCAAAAGCAGGGAUAGAAAGAAGAGGCCACGGAGUAAAGAGAGGCGUUCACAUAGCAGGCACAGGAGUAGGGACAGGAGUCGUGAGCGAUUGCGCAGUCGUAGUCCCCCGGGCAGGAAGUUGACAUUUAAGGAGCAGAUGAGGAAGGAGUUCAUCAAUGCCAGUAAAGAGAUGCAGGCCAAGGAGAAAGAGGAGGGUGCCAUGUUGCCCCUGAAGCGUCCAGGGGAGUGCCUCAAGCCAUCUGACCUCCUGAAAGGGGUCAACUUGAACAGUGGGGAGUCUGUCACACCACAGAUGGCUCUCAUGCAGACCAUGGCUGCCAUGCACAAGAAGGCCCAGGAGCUGACAGGUGUUGAAGUGCCCAAGUACUACAACCCUGCAGCUGUGAACCCUCUCAAGUACGCUGAACAGAUCAAAAAGAGGAAACUGCUCUGGUCCAAGAAAGGAGAGGAAAAGGAGAAAAAUGAACAGAUUGAGACCCAGUGGAAGUCAGCGUUCAUUACGUCCGAUGACAACAAGACAGCCUCUAAGUUUCGCAAGCUUAUGGGCAUUAAAGGAGAGGGUGAUGAGUCAGAGGAAAUGUCUGAGGACAUCCAGAAAAUGUCAGAAGAGCAACGACGUAAACAGGACGAGCUAUUUGAUAGACUGGAUCAGGAGUAUAACUUUGCCCGAAUGGCAACACACACCCAGCGUGGUGUAGGUUUUGGUUUUGCUACAUCUGUGAUAGACCCUAAUCAUCCAUCCCAUCCACCAUAGAGGGGGCCGUAACCUGCCUCAUGAAGAGAGUGCCAUCCACCAUAGAGGGGGCCUAAACCUGCCUCAUGAAGAGUGGGAUAAUAUUUUUGUAAACAAUUAUUGUCAGACAGUCAGUAUAAUGAAUUUUGUAUUAGAAUAACAUUGCUUUAUUUUUAUGAGAGAAAUACUUUACAGAACUGCAAUCUAAUACAUAACAAAUGAUGGCCUAACAUCUCUGUGUGUUUGCCACUGGAAAUGAAGGAGACUUGCCUCCUACUAACGAUGAUUGAAGCAUUUAGUUGUUAAGCAUUGUAGAUGGCAUAGUAAGCUAUGUUAUUGUUAUUGCAAGAAUAUGCAGCAAAAGUUUUGUCAUAAACAGUUGCCAAGUUCUCACAUGUUGAAAGAGUGGUUUCAUUCUUUUAGAAAUGUGAUAGUAGGAAGAGAUGGCAUGAUAUUUAGUGUUUUAUUUAAAAAAUAUUUGCAUAAUUCUUUCAAUGAUUCAUAUAAAUAUCUUCACUUGCAUUUUUAUUGUGUCAUAAUUGUAGUUGUGUAUACAACACAGUUGAUUUAAUGUUUGUUUGAGCAUAUAACUUUUAACAGAUGUAAACUCAGUAUCAAGUAGUACAAUUGUUAUUACUGAAUCAUCGUAUUGCAUUUUCUGGUUGAUGUGAAAUCCGAAAUGAGGAUCUCUGAUGUCUGUGAGGACUUUAUGUUAACAUAAUCCCUAGUCUACUUGAGCCAUUUCAUUCAUCAGACAUGGAAGGAAAAAUAUUCUAGUUUUUGCAUCCUAUACUUUGUUUAUUGAAAUCACUGAAUAUUGAUAGCGUGUGCCUGUUUUGUGUAACAUAAAAUUUUGUGGAAAUAAAUAUAUAAAUAAUAA